UAUCUGGUAUAAACAGUGGGUUCAAUAGGGGUUUCGAUAGGCUGAUUAAUUGCUUUCCUAUCAUUUUUGCAGCAUAUUGAUGCGGCCAUGCAUAUGCUACGUAGGCGUCGACAGUUCUAUCCCGGGGCGUAUCGACAAGAUGGUGUUGUGAUGAAUAUUAUGUUCUCACAAGUGGUACCGACCCGUUAUGAUGCAUAUCAGAAUGCCAAGGAAGCGGAUAAGAAAAUGUUUUUGUGGGAUUCAUAUGUGAUAUCAAUGAUUACGGGAAUUGACAAUCAAUUUCUGGCAUCGUGGAAGGGAGUAGACACUGUAUAUUGGUGCCAGAACUACCUUCAAGCGCAUUGGUUUGCAGUUGAAGCCUCCAUUUCUACUUGGACUCUGAAUGUUUAUGAUUCGGACGUGACCGUGAUAAGUGAUAAACAACUGCAAUCUUUUAUGAAGUCAUGGUCUACUUUGUUCCCAUCGUUGUUAUUGCAGUCACAACUUUUCAAGGACGACCCUCGGUUGACGAUUCCACCUGGAGCUAAAAGAUGCAAAGAGUUCAAUGUGCACCGCAUGCCAGUUGAUUCAGUACCCCAAACCAAAGUCAGUGGAGAUUGUGGUGUGUACGCCAUCAAGCACAUUGAACACUUAUUGGGUAGGCUACCACUUGACACGAUUUGUGAUGACAACAUGGAGUUGUUCAGAAACAAAUGGACAGUUGACUUAUGGUAUCAAGAAUAUAUGUCUGUUGUUGUUGCUCAUUCUCAUGGCGGUGAUGGAGCGGGUGAUCCUCAUUCAGAUCCUACGCGAGUUCCUACUUUCUGUGAGCGGCUGCUGCAAAAAGAAGAGGUCGGUCUUAAUCCAAAAAAUUUCAGUAAUUCGUCAAUGACAAUAAAGGUCCGUUGGCUCUACAAUUUGAGUGUUCCGGAUGAGCACAAGAUAAGAUUGAUGCAAAAGAUUGAGUUCAUGGCACGCUCAAAGGCAAGUGCUGCCAACAGAGAAAAAAAGAAGUAUCCAAGUCUCCAUGUAUCGACCUCUUAUGUUUCUGCUCGAUUUAAGAAGAUGAAUCUUCAGACUAACGAACUGCCCAACAUUAUCGAUAUGUUCCAUGACAUACACAAUCAUCCGACACGUGGAUGGGUGAACACGAAUGCUAAUGAUUCAUAUGAAGUGCCUCUGUCGAUGAGACAUAGGUUGUCUCAAAGGUACUUGGUCAAUGUCGUGGCCACAACUGAUGUAUUGGAUGCAAGUUGA